CUUCGGGCGUGCGUGUGCGUGUGCACAACAAUAAAGGAGAGUUUGUGCGGAUGCAGUGGUGGGGAGACAGUAUCGGCAGAUGAGAGAGAUAUAGAGCGAGCUAGUGAUACUGAAAUAAUUAUUAACAAACAUACAGUUAGAAGACGUGUUUGGGUUCAGAUUAAAAGACUAGGUUGGCUGGUGGUAGUUGAACGCACCGGGGUUUUAACACUGGAAAAGUUCCCGUGUCUUGACGCGUGGGAGUGGGAGGACAGAUCGUGACCGACGGAGACGAGCCCCACUCUCACAAUGGCAGGAGGUGGGAGUGAAGACAUGCAGUGGUGUUUUUCUCAGGUCAAGGGAGCCAUCGACGAUGAUGUGGCUGAAGCGGACAUCAUCUCAACGGUGGAGUUCAACCAUUCAGGAGAGCUGUUGGCCACCGGGGACCGGGGGGGGCGCGUGGUCAUCUUCCAACAGGAAGUAGAGAACAAGAGUGUCCCCGAGUACCGCAGCGAGUACAACGUGUACAGCACCUUCCAGAGCCACGAGCCCGAGUUCGACUACCUGAAGAGCCUGGAGAUCGAGGAGAAGAUCAACAAGAUCCGCUGGCUGCCCCAGCAGAACGCCUCGCAGUUCCUGUUGUCGACCAACGAUAAAACCAUCAAGCUAUGGAAGAUCAGCGAGCGCGACAAGAGGCCAGAGGGCUACAACCUGAAGGAGGAAGACGGCCGCUACAUCAACCCCGGUAACGUGACAUCACUGAGGGUGCCGGUGUUCCGGCCCAUGGACCUGAUGGUUGAGGCCAGUCCCAGGAGGGUGUUCUCCAACGCCCACACCUACCACAUCAACUCCAUCUCCGUCAACUCCGACCACGAGACCUACCUGUCUGCCGACGACCUCCGCGUCAACCUCUGGAACCUGGAGAUCAACGACCGCAGCUUCAACAUCGUGGACAUCAAGCCGGCCAACAUGGAGGACCUGACGGAGAUCAUCACGGCGGCCGAGUUCCACCCCCACCACUGCCACACGCUGGUGUACAGCAGCAGCAAGGGCAGCAUCCGCCUGUGUGACAUGAGGGCGUCGGCGCUCUGCGACCAGCACACCAAGCUGUUUGAGGAGCCAGAGGACCCCAGCAACCGCUCCUUCUUCUCUGAGAUCAUCUCCUCCAUCUCGGACGUCAAGUUCAGCCACAGCGGGCGCUACCUGAUGACCCGCGACUACCUGACGGUGAAGAUCUGGGAUCUGAACAUGGAGACCCGGCCCAUCGAGACCUACCAGGUUCAUGAGUACCUGAGGAACAAGAUGUGCUCCCUCUACGAGAACGACUGCCUCUUCGACAAGUUUGAAUGUUGCUGGAACGGAAACGACAGCGUUGUCAUGACGGGCUCGUACAACAACUUCUUCCGCAUGUUCGACCGCGCCCAGCGGCGUGACGCCACCCUGGAGGCGUCGCGCGAGCACAACCUGCCGCUGCAGCUGCUGAAGCCGCGCCGGGUCUGCACCGGCGGCGGCGGCGGCGGCUGCAGCAAGCGCAAGAAGGACGAGAUCAGCGUGGACAGUUUGGACUUCAACAAGAAGAUCCUGCACACGGCCUGGCACCCCAACGACAACAUCAUCGCCGUGGCGACCAUCAACAACCUCUACAUCUUCCAGGACAAAGUGAGCGACCCGGACAGCGCCGACGACCUCUCCGCGUCCGACAUGAUGUGUACGAUCUGAGGCGCUCGGCCAUUUUGUUCCUCUUCCUCCCAUUUGUUUUGUUUUUAUCCCAUCUGUUUUUGAAAGCCCCCUUUCAGCGUUUCCCUCACUGUUGAGACCAGUGGUUGCUGGGGUAAAGUCUCUCCCUUGGUUGCCUAGGGCGUGUCUGUGGCAACGAGACACUCGAACCCUCCGACUUUUCAAUGACGUGCCAUUCGUUUCGUUUCCCAUUUUGUUGCUCAAACUCCCGCUACCUGUUCUAGCCCCGCCCCCUUUCCUCCAGGCAUCAUGUGUUAUUGGGUGUCUGUCUGUCUAUCCGGUACCGGAUGCACUUUCUUUUUUUCUUGUCCUUAUUUCUAUGAAUAUAUUGUAAAAACAAGAAAAUUCUUAAAAACAUAUGAAGAUUUGGUUAUAUUUUAUCCUGUGCCAUUUUUUUUUUUUUUUUUUUUUUUUUUCUCUCACAAAAUGAAAUUUAGCAAGAAAGUGUGUGGGUGUGGGUUCAACGGUUCCGCACUGCUCUGUUUUCUACAUAGAUCAUCCUCCUUCUAUCCUACAACUAAUCCUCGCACACUCGCCACAGUCAUGACAACAUUUUGUUUAGGUUUCCAUCCCACCCCUAAGGGGCCACUCACACUAGGGCCGUUUGCCUGUUCCGUGCUGCAGGAAGAUUCAGCACGAUUCCCCCCCUCCCCACUCCCGCCGCUGGCCCGUGGUCACACUGCUCCCAAAGGCCGUGGCCUGGGCACGAUUGCUCCUUCAUACAUACGUCAUCACGUCGUAAUACGAUAAAUACGUCAUCACCAAGCGUCCUUGCCGCCAUAACAACAAUGGAGAACAACAACGUGAAUGCUGUCGUCGGCCCAAAUUCCAAGUAAACACUCGACUUCACUAUCGCACCAACGUAAACCCACUCGUGAACCGCUUGCCGCCAUUGUUUAAAAUGAUUGUUGUGGGGAAGAAGGGCAUGGACCUAUAAAGAAAGAAGGGUCGCGCAAGGACUACGUCAUCCAGCUCACGUUGCGUAUCAUCUCAUUAGCAUCUGUACUUUGGCCACGGCACAUCUCUCCCAAGUGUGCCGUGGCCAAGGGGCUGCUCCGUGCUGGAAUACGGAUGGCGUGGUCACACUAGCCAAACGUUCUAGACUUUAGUAUGCAAAUGAGCUCGGGCACAGGGCCGCAGCCCUAGUGUGAGUGGCUCUUAAUUAACGCAUCCUCCAUCUUGGAAGACUUUUGUUUCGUUUCGCAAGUCUGAGACACGGUGGGAGGGGUACAGCGCCCUCGCGGACCCCGGUGACCUGACCAGGUACCGGGUGGUUCCACUGGACACCAUUCAACGCGAGGAUCUGUGUUGAUACCUCAGACACAGGCGUGCGCUGUCUGUGUCUCUGGCCAUGUUUUGUAUUCUUUUCCUCAUUCAGUUUUGUCUAUAAAAAGGAGAAAGUAAGUCAGGUUUAUAUUCGACCACUUGUACAGAGUGUUGUAUUUAUGGAAAGGAACAAAUGCCGCACUGGAUUUAAUGUGUCCGAUGAAGCUUGACCUUCCUGUACUUUACGCAAGUAUCGUCGUUUCUCAGAAUACCAAAACGCUGAAUCAGUUCUUCUUAAUACCGUAAAUAUAUGAACAUACAGUAGUUAUCUUUGAUCUGUGCCAUAUGGUUUCCUUGACACUGGAUGCCAUCGCUGCACUGGCAACUAAAGGACUUGGUUUUGCUGUGUCCUUUUUUAGAGUGCAUAAUAAGGUCUUGGCUCGAGGCAUUACGUUGAUUUUAAGAUGUUUGUAACUACUGUAGACGAUAAUGUUAUCAUGUUGUGGUACAAUAUAGGAUGCACUAAAAACAGUUGAUGUCUCCUAGUACCUCAUUUAAAUGUUAGCAAAUUCUCACAAUAUUGUCUCCUGUUUAUAAGUUGGACAAAACAAGUGCGUUUUCGUUUUAAUCUAUAACAGAAGUUAAUAAAUUAACUACUUUUUC